AUGAAUUGGACAGGCGGCAAGUUGCAACGAAACUCGAAGAGCAAAGGCAACGCUGUGAUUGAACGCCAGAAAUCACACUUUGCCAAAGCCCGCAACAAAGCUCCGAACAGGACCGGUUCCUCAACCAGAUCCUGGAACUACACCUCUCCAACUCGACCUCCACCUUCUCCGCCAUUCAAGAAAGCUCGCACCCAACACAGGCUCUCUCCACGGGUACAAAAAUGGCCCGUGUCUGGCCAUGAACAUCGUCUUGUGGGAGACUUUGUGUUGCCAUCCAGAAACAGUGAUGUCUACGUUCGGGUAGGUCAAAGAGCGUUUGCAAGUCAGCUCGACACGACCGUGGCUAGUCCCUCGACCAGGAUUCGAUCACACUCCACAUCUCCUUCAGAUUACUCCUCAAACUCGAUGCUCCUUGAUGGGGUCGAGCGGCUAGGCUCCCAGACCAAAGUCUCCGACAAUCGUGAAUCUUACCGACCAGAUCAAGGCAACAGCUUAACCUCGUCAUGCAUGUCGGAACGAAUGCGGUUUGCCUUGAGUGAUUCGAUGGAGGACAUCUUGCGGAGUCAGGAUGAUACCCAGUAUCCCUCAGAUUUUGCAACACAUGCUUCAUCAGCUGUUCAUGCUGUCGCAAGCCCUGGAAAUACUCCGAACAACACAUCAGCCGAGGAUAUGCAAAGAAUUCCACAUGCGGCUGAGCGAUUGAAAGACUCACCGGUCAAGCUACCAAAGCACUUGAACAUCUCUGGAAAUCCUGCACAAGAUGAUACUACAAGUCUCAGUCACGAGGACUUUGAAGACACGGAUGAUACUUGGCUCAGGUUCAUCGAGGACGAAGUAGAUGUUGGUCAGGUGGAAAGUGACCGGUAUCCUGCACCUCAAUAUCAGACGCAAGCCUCGCCAAAUGCUCUGCCUACUUUGACAGCGGUUCAUGAUGAGCCGUUCUUUCCGGUCAGUGUUCGUGGCAGCACCCCGCAGUCGUCUUGCUCGACAGCACGCGCAUGUCUGCUCGAGACAGGAACGUCGAAGCGGAUAGGCGGUGAGAUAAGCGAGAAAGUACCAAGACUCAGCCACGACGAUCAAGUAUGGAUGGAAUUCGUGCUAGGAUACGAUCCGACGGACGCUUCACGAGUGUAA